AUGGAAGGAUUUUCCAUGAUAACGCAACAGCUGAUGUCUAAGGAGCACAGAACGCACGCUGCGUCGGAACGCGCAAAUGACUUAUGGUGCUAUCAAUGUGAUACCAUGGAUGAUGGUGAGAGGUGUGUAGAUCUAGCUGGCAACCACAGUUCCCUCAUCCAAAAGUGCAAAGAUGAUAGACGAAUUUGUAUGGUGAAGAGAUUCUCGUACACAACUAGUACCGAGAACUCGACCUCCGUGCCCAUGAUGUGGUCUUUGGAGAGAAAUUGCACAAACAAAUGCGAACCUGGGUGCAUCGUCAUCGGGGAACGCACAAAGCUUUACGCAUGUACAGCAUGUUGCGAGAAAUCAUUGUGUAAUACAGGCACCGGAACGGCCGCAGAAAUUAACACGACAGAAGUUGGCUUGAUUUUGGCAUUGAUUCUUCAGGCUGUGCUCACAGUCAUUAUGUACCCGUCGUGACAGUGCCAAUAAACUAUAG